AUGGUCGAAACUCCUACAAUCUGUAUCAACGCCCCUUCACUGGGUGCCGAGGUUCUCGGUGCCCUCGACAAUGACAGUAAUAUUGCGCUUUUCCGCGGAAUCCCAUAUGCAAAUGUCUCCAAGCGCUGGACUCACAGUGUGACUCGACACUCAUUGAAGGGGACAUACAAUGCGACGCAGUUCGGUCCUCGUUGUAAUCAGGGAAAUGGCAUGGUUCUAGUUACAGGAGGAACCAAUGAUCCCACUCCAGGCGACGACGAGUUCAAAUGUCUGAACCUCAAUAUUGCUGUUCCCAAUGAAGCCCUCGGAAAAGCCGGGUCUUUGCCUGUCAUGGUUUGGAUUCAUGGUGGAGGCUUCGCCUAUGGCGCUAACUCUGUCGCCCGUUACCGUCCUCAGAGCUUCUUGGCUCACGCCCGGAAUUCAAAUACCCCUGUCAUCUUAGUUCAAAUGAACUACCGACUUGGCGCUCUCGGCUUUUCUGCUUCCACAGAUUUGGCGACAGAAGUCGAUGGCAGCAUAGAGCCGGUCGGAAAUUACGGUAUCGUUGACCAGCGGAAUGCCUUGGAGUGGGUUAACCAACACAUUGCCGACUUCGGCGGUGACCCAAAUAACAUCACUGUCUUUGGUGUUAGUGCUGGUAGCGCUAGUAUUCAUGCUCAUCUGCUCGCGGGUCAUGAGCUGUUUGAUCGUGCGAUCAUGAUGUCCGGUGCAGCCCCAACCUUGUUCCCAGUUCGCUCAGAGCUAUUUGAGGAGCAGUGGAAUGGCCUGUGUGAACGGGCGGGCGCUGUUGGCUCCACUCCUAGUGCUCGACUAGAGCACCUUCGCAGUCUAGAUGUCAAUGACAUUCUCAAAUAUGCAGGCCAGGCCGUGAUGGGACCGGCUGGUGAUGGGAAACUGAUUCCCAAGACCUGGUCGUUCGAUGAUAAUGUGUCCAAUGCUCGCUGCAAGUCUAUUAUCCUUGGCGAUACUAAUGUCGAAGCACUCAUCUUCGAUGGUAUGCUUAGAAGAUUGACUCAAGAGAAAUUGCAUGAGGCCAUCUCACGAAACUUCCCUGAUAACAAGGCGAAAGAAUUGUGUCAUCACUUUGGCUUUUCGCAAGGACAGUCUGCCGAGGCAUUCCGUGAUGCCUUCCGCCUUCUUCUGGGCUCUGUUUUGUUCCAGUACCCCAACAUCGGCAUUGCUGAGGCAUCUCGCAAAUCCGACUCAUGGAAGAAUAAUGUCUUCUUGUACCACUGGGAGGAACCGUCCCCUUUCCCUGGUGCUACGCAAGGAAUGUCUUAUCAUGGACUCUGUGCCCUUCUCAUGCAUCUGAACGAGCUAGACUCUUGUCCUCAGGCCACCCGUGAUGUCUCAUUGGAAGCUGCUCGCCUUUGGGCGGCUUUCGCUCAUGGUCAGCAGCCGUGGGAGGCCUACUCGACAGGUGGUCAGUUUAUGCGCUUUGGACCAGAAGGCAAGACGGGUCUUUCUGCCUUUGCGGGGGAUCAUACUCGAGCAUACGGUUACCUUGAAUGGUUGGGAGAGAACUUCGAUGAUAUGAAACGGUUUAUUCGUGAAGACUUGAUGUAUCACCUGGAGAACGGCACGAUCUGA